AUGACCUACCGAAACACUCUGGAUCUGCUCUUUAAAUCACAGCACUUUGUCCCCAACUACAUAUGUGGCAUUCAGAAAAAUGUAGUAGGAGUCAUUGGGGGACUUAGCUCUGACACCUCCUCAUCCAUGGCUAACAUCUUAGGUCUUCACAAGAUUCCACAGAUUUCAUAUGGUUCAUUUCAAAGAGCCGUGGAUAAUCAAAUCAAAUUCUCUUCCUUUUACCGCAUGGUCCCCAAUGAAGGACUUCAGUAUCAGGGAAUUAUCCAGUUACUUUUGUAUUUCAGAUGGAAAUGGGUUGGGCUCAUCACUACAGAUAAUGAAGCUGGAGAACGUUUCCUACAGACUAUUGAGCCAAUGCUUUUCAAGAAUCAGAUCUGUUCUGCAUUCACAGAAACGAUUGAGUACCAUCUGCAUUUCAAACAUAACAUGCUUAAUAUGGUCCACUCAUUUCUGAAGAGGAUCUCAUUCAACAACAGCGGUGGUGAUGAAAUCACAUUAAAUGAAUAUGGAGAGUUAGCAGCUGGCUUUGAUAUUACAAAUUUAGUCACUUUCCGAAACAGGUCAUAUGUCAGGGUCAAAGUGGGGAGCCUGGAUCCUCACACCCCUCCGGGCAAAGAGCUCACCAUUAAUGAAGACAGAAUCAAAUGGCACAGUGGCUUCACUCAGGAGCCGCCACUUUCAUUAUGUAAUGCCAACUGCCGUCCUGGUUAUGGGAAGAGAAAGAAGGAGGGGGAGAAGUUUUGCUGUUAUGAUUGUGAUCCGUGUCCACAUGAGAUGUUCUCAAAUGAGAAGGAGAUGGAAAUAUGUGUCAGGUGCCCUGCAGGUCAGUAUCCAAAUGAAGACCAGGAUCAAUGCAUUUCAAAGAGACCAAAUUUCCUGGGCUAUGAUGAAACUUUGGCCAUUGUUUCAAUUUUCUCUGUACUUUUAUUCUCUCUGAUCACAAUUAUUGUGCUUGCCAUCUUCAUUAAGCACAGGGACACUGCCAUCGUCAAAGCCAAUAACAGAAGCCUCACUUACAUUCUCCUUGUGUCGCUUCUCUUGUGUUUCCUCUGCACUUUGAUGUUCAUUGGAACACCUAAGGAGGCAACCUGCCUUCUCCGACAAACAAGUUUUGGCAUCAUCUUCUCUGUGGCCCUCUCCAGUAUCUUGGCCAAAACUAUAUCAGUGGUUUUGGCAUUCAUGGCUACCAAGCCAGGAUCCACAAUCAGGAGGUGGGUAGGCAAAAAACUGGCUUAUUCCAUUGUCCUUUCCGGCUCCAUUGUUCAAGUAGGAAUCUGUGUCUUCUGGCUGGCAACCUCAGCCCCAUUCCCAGAUGUGGACAUGCACUCAAUGACGGAAGAAAUAAUAUUUCUUUGUAAUGAAGGGUCAGUCCUCAUGUUCUACUGUGUUUUAGGCUACAUGGGCUUCCUGGCCACUGUCAGCUUCACUGUGGCCUUCCUAGCCAGAAAGUUGCCGGACAGCUUCAAUGAAGCCAAGUUCAUCACCUUCAGCAUGCUGGUCUUCUGCAGUGUUUGGUUCUCCUUUAUUCCUACAUAUUUAAGCACCAGAGGAAAAUACAUGGUGGCUGUGGAGAUCUUCUCCAUCUUGGCUUCUAGUGCUGGAUUACUGGGUUGCAUCUUUUCUCCAAAAUGCUACAUUAUUGUGGCGAGGCCUGAGCUGAACAACAGAGAGCAGCUGAUACGGAGAAAGAUAUAA